GUGGGCCAUGCGUCACCCCUCCGGCUCGUCGCCGAGCUGCCCGGGGGGCCGGGCGAGCCGGCGCCCGACAACGGCACCGAUCAGUGGCUCACCAAGUGGCUCGGGUCCUUGAACGUCACCGUGCCCUCUGCCAACGCCUCGGUCUGGCCCUACGACUUCCGCAUGCAUUCGAUGGUUUGUUUCGGCUUCAGGAUCAAGGGCAUCGAUACCGUAUCGAUCGACGUCGACGUAGUUGCGAUCCAGGCCGAGGGUAUUCACGCGACCUGUCAUUUUCUCUUGGAUUGGUCCUCUCACUGGUCCUGGUCGACGACGUACGACGUCAUCGCCAAGAUCUCCGACGCGAGGCUCGGAAGUCCGAUCCGGGUCAGCUCGACGGUCGCCGUGGUGCCGACUUCGGGGACCAUCUUGUUGCCCGACAAGAUCGAGGCCUACGACUGCGUCAAGAACACUGAGUUUAACAACAUCUCGGUCCGGGUGCGGGGCGGCUCGUUCUCGACCAGCCUCCUCAACAGGGUGCUCAUCCCGACGCUGCGCUCCACCAUCGUGUCCCAGCUCUGCUCCGCCAUGGAGGAGGCCGCCCGCGUCAACGGCACGGGGGCGCUGCGGAGUCUCGGCGACGAGGUCCGCUUCCAGAUGGGGGCCAAGCCGGCGUCGGCGUCGCCACACCUGUCCGAUCCGAAUUCAGACUUAGUCGAUUUGGCGACCAAUCCGGCGAUGAAGCUGAUCAAGCAGAUUACCGUUCACGUCCUCGGCAACGCGUCCAACACACUCAGCCUGAACUCCAUCGCGAGCAGAUUUCUUGGGCCCGAGGGUUAUCUCUCUCUGGGUACGCUCUACAAGCUGCCCGUUUCUGGCAACGUCAACAUUCCGAAUUUGGGGUCCCUCAAUUUCACGCUCCAUGCAGCCGAGGUGAGCGGUCUGAACCGCUGGUCCAGCGUCCUGGUGGAAGCGCCCUCCGCACGGGAGUUGUCGUACAGUCUGGGCCUUCAGGGGUUGGACGCGAACGUGUCCGUCGAGCUCUCCAUCGUGCCCGACCCCGACGGCAUGCUCAGCGGAGAGAGCUUGAACGAGCCCUUCGCCUUGAGGCUCUCGCUGGACGACGUGCGGGUGGAGGGCGGGGCCAGCCUGGAACUCAAUUCGACGCACCUGGGGCUCUUCACCGUGGACCAGGACUGCCGGAGCUCGGCUGCUCCGCCCCCGCGCUGCGCUCGGCGGUGCUCCAGGGGCUGGCGCUGA